UAGAUAAUUAAUAUGUUAAGUCAGAACACUUUGCACGAUCCAAAGCUGUUUGAUAUGAAGUCAAAUUAACUUGGUCCGUGGAAACAUCGACAUUCAGGGUUACUUUAAGAAAGCAAGCUAGCUGCUGCUACUGCUAGCCACUUAGCUUGGGAUUUGUGAUGAGAUUGGAAGCGGAAGGAAAUUCUAAGGGAAAUGAGAAAAAAUCUGUACUGGGAUGUCUUGGGCAAGUUGGAAUAAAUAUUUUAGCUAUGUUAUACGACAAAUGGGCUUUGCGACUCGUGAAAGCAGGGGGUUUAUUUUGUUAAGAUGAAGUUAUAGCAAUCGGUUGGUGUUGAGACAUUUCGUAAUUGUCAGAAGCUAACUAGCCACGUAUUGAUAGUUAGACUUUUAAAAUGGCGGAAGGCUGGCCCAUCCCCCCGGCCCUCUUCUUGUUGAGUUUGAGUGCCUGCUGGGGUCUCGAUUCCUGCCCUGCGCCAUGCUCUUGUCUAAGGGGAUCAGACGAAAUCCAAAUCCUGGAUUGCAAUAGGAAAAGGUUGUCAGCGGCCCCCCUGGAUCCACCUCAUGGGAUAACUCAUCUGUAAGUAGUCUACUGUAAGCUAGCUAACCGGUAACAAGCUAGCUAUGUAGUUAGCACGUUUGUUUACAAGCUGCAGUGGCUCCUGAGCAAGCCACCUGGCCUUGUUAGUUUGCUAGCGAGGUCUAUAUGUGAAGUUAAUUAUUUAACUAGAUAUAUAUGUGGAUCAGUGGAGGCUCCUCCGAUGAGGAAGGGGAGGACCAUCCUCAGUGAAUUUCAGAAAAAUAAAAACUGAAACAUUAGGUAAAACAACAAAAUAUAUUAAUGUCACCAAAUAGUUUAUUAAAACACACUGUUUUGCAAUGAAGGUCUACAGUAGUCUCAACAUCACUCUCUGGGAUAGCACCAUGGUGUAUGCAGAUGACAGCUAGUUUCCUUCCUCCUCUGGGUACAUUGACCUCAAUACAAAACUUUUGAGGCUCAUGAUUCAUACCCCCUUCCAUAGACUUGCACAGUAACUAUGAUGACGUCCGGCUCCAACCUAUCAGCGCUCUUGCAGCAUGAACUGACAUGUUGUCCACUCAAAGGAUCAGAUAAUUGGCAGGUAGCUUAGUGGUUAAGAGCGUUGUGCCAGUAACCGAAAGGUCGCUGGUUCUAAUCUCCAAGCCGACUAGGUGAAAAAUCUGUCGAUGUGCCCUUGAGCAAGGCACUUAACCCUAAUUUCUCCUAUAAGUCGCUCUGGAUAAGAGCGUCUGCUAAAUGACUAAAAAUGUAAAAUGUAAAUAAUUAAUCUAGUACUGAAAGCAUAAGCUACAGUUGGCUAGCACUGCAGUGCAUAAAAUGUGGUGAGGAAGUUAGUUGACUCAAAGAGAAAGACAAUAGUUUUACAGUUCUGAACAAAUUCAUUUCUUCAAAAAUGAAGAAGCAAGAGGGAGAGAGCGUUAGCUAUAUUUCGUUGCAUUUGUUUCACUUAGGUAGCGAAUGCAGCUAGCUCAUUUAGCCUACUCAACUGGCUCAAACAGAGAGGGAUGCUAUGUUAGCUAGCUGGCUAGGCUAAGGCUAUCCAACACUGGAACUCUUCCAAGUCAAGGUAAUCUUUUGGUUUUAUAAAUGUAUUGCCACUCGGGCCUGCAGGUGUAACUACAAAACUGCUUGCUGUUGUAAACUGUAUUAUAUGAUUGUACCAGGUUUACUAUGACAUUAGCGAAUAUGGUGACAAUGAUGUAGGCUGUGUAGCAGUUCGGGUAUGACGGUUUGACUUGGAUAUUUUUUUUUUUACCUGGUCACAGACAGCUGUUGUGUUGUGCACUGAAGUCCACAAGCGAAGGGAAAAGGUGAGAGGAGGAGAGCGUAGAUGCGAGAAGGAAUUAUACAACUAGCAAAGUAAUCAUGCUGUUUGUAUGUGGCUGCUAUGAAAGUGAACUGUGUUUGUGUGUGAUCAGGGGUGUAUUCAGUACGCCGGUUCUCUUGAAAAACGUUUCCUAAAUGGAAACAAACAGAACGAAACGGGAUAAACAUACCUGAAUUUGUCCAAUAGAAACUCUUGUUUGCAACUGUUUGGACUAAUGAUUACACCCUAGAUCAGCUAGAUGCAGGCAAGUGUGUGCAUAGGCGGUAUUGAAUGUGUCACUCUGUGUCCUUGAUUACUCAAAUUUCUCUCUUGACCUGUGCACCUACGUUGUAAACUUUCAUUUGUAGGCUAGGUUGUAGCAACCUCAUGAUGGGUUAGUGACAUUUUUAGUAUCAUGAAGUAGCCUAAAUCUAGCGAUGUUACAUUGAGCUGGGUGAAUGGAAUAUGAAUGACAGUCAUCCAAUAUGCUGUAAUAGAAAUAAGGCCAUGCUCAUAAAAAUUGAAUGAAUCUUAAACGGCAUUUACCGCCACUGAUCUGGAUGUUGUUCUUGUAAAGAUGCCAAGGCAGCUGCAAGGUCCACUGAAGGUGGCUAUGGAAUUCCCGGUAAUAACUAAUGGAAUCCUUUUCAGCACUAUGAAUCACAAUGAUCUGACAACUGUUCCAUACCUUGGAGAAGUUACCCCAAACAUCACAACACUCUCAUUGUAAGUGAAAACAAUUUUAUCCUCCUGUCUGUAAGUUGUGUGAUUCCUAGGUGUCCUGUAGUAGUAUGCGUGCCAUAGUAGUGAUGUGCAGUUCACAAACAACUACUUUUACUGACUGAGUCAUGAUUAGUUUUUCUGAGCGACUCAUUCAUUUAAGUAGUUUAUUUGAACUGCGAGUGCUGGCCGCAAUGAGUCCUGCAGCAGGAUUAAUACACGCUCCUCCGGCUCAGCGGCUCCAGAGACGUGCUUCGACCACCAACUGUCUGUCUCGCAGGAAAAUAUACUGAACAAACAUAUAAACGCAACAUGUAAAGUGUUGGUCCCAUUUUUCAUAAGCGGAAAUACAAGAUCCCAGAAAUGUUCCAUACGCACCAAAAGCAUAUUUCUCUCAAAUGUUGUGCACACAUUUGUUUACAUCCCUGUUAGUGAGCAUUUCUCCUUUGCCAAGAUAAUCCAUCCACCUGACAGGUGUGGCAUAUCAAGAAGCUGAUUAAACAGCAUGAUCAUUACACAGGUGCACCUUGUGCUGGGGACAAUAAAAGGCCACUCUAAAAUGAGCUGUUUUGUCAAACAACACAAUGCCACAGAUGUCGUCUCAAGUUUUGAGGGAGCAUGCAAUUGGCAUGCUGACUGCAGGAAUGUCCACCAGAGCUGUUGCCAGAGAAUUGAAUGUUAAUUUCUCUACCAUAAGCCGCCUCCAACGUCGUUUUAGAGAAAUUGGCAGUACGUCCAACUGGCCUCAAACGCAGACCACGUGUUACCAUGCCAGCCCAGGACCUCCACAUCCGGCUUCUUCACCUACGGGAUCGUCUGAGACUAGCCACCCGGGCAGCUGAUGAAACUGAGGAGUAUUUCUGUCAUAAUAAAGCGCUUUUGUGGGGGAAAAGCUUGUUCUGAUUGGUGGGCCUGGGAGGGCAUAGGCCCACCAACUGGGGAGCCAGGCCCACCAAUGGCUGCGCCCCUGCCCAGUCAUAUGAAAUCCAUAGAUUAGGGCCUAAUACAUUUAUUUAAAUUGACUGAUUUCCUUAUAUGAACUGUGACUCAGUAAAAUUGUUGCAUGUUGCAUUUAUAUUUUUGGGCAUUGAGAAGAAAAAUACAUGUUUAGAACUGACAAUUGAUUGCAUGGUGCAAGAAUGAAUGCAAUUAAUUAAUUAUUGAACGUUAUGAUGGACACAGCUUUGUAGAACCAAAACAUACACAGCCUCUGAUCAACAAACUUGAGGAUAAAUUAUUUGGAGGGCUGCAGUUCGUGAACGACAUUGUUCUUAUCACCCUGAUCGUCAAGCAAUACAUUCCGCCAAGAGUCGUUCUCAAUCUAGUCCAGUUGCGGCCACAAUUAGUCUAGGCCUCGUUUCUACCGUAUCAAGGAAUAAUCAUAUUUGUUUGCAUGCCUAGCAAUCAACAAAUGUACAUUGUUUAAAGCACACGUUUUACACAUCUGUCACAAAUGACAGCUCCAAUAAGCCCCGCCCCCUAUGGUGAACGACGUGAACGAGAGGCUUGUAGAAUCAUGACACAAAUUUCGAGUUUUCAGUUCAUUGUUCGCGUGCUAUGGGCAUGACUGACUCCAAUGAAUGAAAUUUGUUGAAAGAUUUGUUCUUUUGACUGAACGAGUUGAAAAGAUCUGAGUCAGUAAAAAGAACUGAACUUCCCAUCUCUAUGCCAUAGGGAAGUGUCGGAAGAAAGGAAUCACCGGCCGGGGGCCUUCUGUUCUCCCCUUAGUCCUACCCUACAUUCUUUAUGCCAUGGUUUGGGUCAUUACCUCUUCACAUUGAUGGUGUAUUUAUGUAGAUUCAUGUUGAUUAUUAUGUACAUUACUGCUCAUUGUGCACAGGGUUCACAACCGGAUCUCGGAGCUGUGGAUGCAUCAGCUGCAUCCAUACAUCUCCUUGGAGACACUUGACCUGUCAUCCAACUCCAUCUCAGAGAUAAAGGCUGUAGCCUUCCCACUCAUGCAGCUGAAAUACUUGUGAGUCCUGCCUGUGGCAUUGUUUUCCAACUAUAGUAGACUACUUCUAAUGAGUGAGGAGAUGGUCGUUUCAGCCAUAACCAGAAGGGUGUGUUCUACUGUACUUGUUGUCAUUGGCUUAUUAAUGUUGUAUUAAUGUGACUUCUUAAUCCAAAAUAAAGACCUUAAAGUAUUUGGAAUGUAUACAUGCAGGUGUAAUGUAAAAGUAAACUGAUCACCCUACGCCCUUCCUGAUUGAAUGUUUCUGCAUCUCUAUCUCCCAGGAAUUUAAGCAAUAACAAGAUCAGUGUCCUUGAACCUGGCUGCUUUGACAACAUCUCCAGCUCCCUGCUGGUCCUGAAGCUGAACAGGAACAGAAUAACACUGCUACCAUACAAAGUGUUCAGGCUUCCCCAGCUGCUCUUCCUGUAAGUCAAUGUUCUUCUUCAGUCAAACCAUUACCAUAGCAAUGAUGAGCAGCGUGCAAACCUAAUUACCAGACCCUCGCUAGGUGGUAGGUUUCUUACAUGAUUUAGUCUACAUGUUAAGCUUUGGAAUGUGGUCUAUACUUUUGUAUGAGGGACUUUCCUUAGUUAAAUACAUUUUCUUUCAAAGGCAUUCAUGAGUGAAUUUUUAGAUUUCAUAGAUUCAGUAUGUAACACUGUUUUUAUAGUAGUUGAAACAAAUUAUUCUAAACUACCUGAUUCUUACUCUAUCCUAGGGAAUUAAAGCGCAACAAGAUCAAGAUGGUGGACAGCCUGACCUUCAAAGGGAUGGACUUACUGAAAUCACUGAAGAUGCAGCGGAAUGGCAUCACAAAGCUGAUGGACGGUGCGUUCUUUGGGCUCAACAACAUGGAGGAGCUGUGAGUUCUUCUGCCUUUUUGUGUUUUAUAAGAAAGAUCUGUACGGUAUAUGCACAGAUAGAAGGAGCCAGAUAUCUCACAGGAUGUAUAAAUCUGAAGAAUCUGUUUAGAACUUCCACUCACCACCAAAUAUGGUGAUAAGAGUAAGUCCAGUGGCGGGAAGUGGGAGAAUAUGGAGCUAGAUAAUACUUGGCCAACAUUCUGCAAAUUUUCUCAUCAAUGGAACAUUUGAUCCCAAUUCUGUUUUCUUUCCCAAAACUACAAUCUGUUACGAACAGAGUGCACUAAGUUUAGUAGACUUGACCCUUUGCCAAAGUAAAAAAAAAAAAGCGUUGUUUAGGAGUGUUAAAAACACCAUUAGUUGCUCGUACUUGGUUAUGCCCACCUCCUUGCUUGUUCUGCCCACUAUGCUUCAUUUGCUCCAAUUGGAAACGACGCCGAUGAGAUACAGUGAGCUCUAGGGUUGUGCGUUAUUACGAUAUAAUCGGAAAUCAACAAUGUUUGACAGACAUCGUCGAUGGCAACAACAUCGUGAUGUGACAGAUUAUCGUUUUUAUAUAUUAGGAUUUGUUUUUUACAGACGGUAGUUUAACCUAUUUUGUACAUGACUGGCAGCGCACAACAGUGCAGUUUAGAGCCAGGCGACACGCCAAAUGACCUACCUAGUCCUAUUUGCCAUAGCCCUUUUCAAUAAAUAUGUAGGUAGACUUAGCCUACUAUUAACAUAAUGCAAGAGUAGGCCUACAAUGUAUGUAGGUUGUAGACGGAGCGGAGAGUGCCAAAAGCUGCGUAAAAUGUCAGAUUACAUUUCUUUCGCUCACCUCUCCAAUGUCGGAUGAUCAUGGGUCUUUUACAGCGGACACGCCGUUGUCUGGCUUGUUUUAAAAGCUUAAUUUCCCUUCUUUUUUUUUACGACCGGAGAAUAACACCAGAUAUAGCAGACUGACCCUAGCUCCUCCGGCACAUAGACUAUUGCAGCAUAGAUACUGGAGGCUGUGACGGGGGGGUCGGGAGACACUGUGGCCCUGUCCGACGAUACCCCCGGACAGGGCCAACCAGGCAGGAUAUAACCCCACCCACUUUGCCAAAGCACAGCCCCCACACCACCAGAGGGAUAUCAACAGACCACCAACCUACUACCCUGAGACAAGGCUGAGUAUAGCCCACGAGAUCUUCUCUGUGGAUGACUUCGUCAACCAUUUUGAAAAGAAGGUUGACGACAUCCGAUCCUCGUUUGUUAAGUCAAAUGACACCGCUGGUGAAUGCACCAAUUUGUAAGUCGCUCUGGAUAAGAGCGUCUGCUAAAUGACGAAAAUGUAAAUGAAAAUGUACUGAAGAGAUGAGCCUUCAGUAAAGACUUAAAGGUCGAGACCGAGUCUGCAUCUCUCACAUGGAUAGACAGCCCAUUCCAUAAAAAUGUUGCUCUAUAGGAGAAAGCCCUGCCUAUAGCUGUUUGCUUAGAAAUUCUAGGGACAAUAAGUAGGCCUGCGUCUUGUGACCGUAGCGUACGUGUAGGUAUGUACGGCAGGACCAAAUCGGAGAGAUGAGUAGGCGCAAGCCCAUGUAAUACUUUAUAGGUUAGCAGUAAAACCUUUAAAUCAGCCCUAGCCUUAACAGGAAGCCAGCCUAGCACUGGAGUAAUAUGAUCACAUUUUCUGGUUCUAGUCAAGAUUCUAGCAGCCGUAUUUAGCACAAACUGAAGUUGAUUUAGUGCUUUAUCCGGGUAGCCGGAGAGUAGAGCAUUGCAGUAGUGUAAUCUAGAAGUGACAAAAGCAUGGAUUAGCUUUUCUGCAUCAUUUUUGGACAAAAAGUUUCGGAUUUUUGCAAUGUUACGAAGAUGGAAAAAAGCUGUCCUUUAAAUAUUCUUGAUAUGUUCAUCAAAAGAGAUCAGGGUCCAGAGUUCCUGCCUUUAAAAAUUUUUUUUUAGAUGACUGUACAACCAUCAAGAUUAAUUGUCAGAUCCAACAGAAGAUCUCUUUGUUUCUUGGGACCUAGAACUAGCAUCUCUGUUUUGUACGAGUUUUAAAAGUAAAACAUUUGCUGCCAUCCACUUCCUUAUGUCUGAAACACAUGCUUCCAGGUUAAGCAAUUUUGGGGCUUCACCAUGUUUCAUCGAGAUGUAGAGCUGUGUGUCGUCCGCAUAGCAAUGAAAGUUAACAUUGUGUUUCCGAAUUACAUCACCAAGAGGUAAAAUAUAUAGUAAAAACAAUAGUGGUCCUAAAACGAAACCUUGAGGAACACCGAAACGUACAAUUGAUUUUUCAGAGGACAAACCAUCCACAGAGACGAACUGAUAUCUUUUAGACAUAUAAGAUCUAAACCAGGCAAGAACUUGUCCGUGUAGACCAAUUAAGGUUUCCAAUCUCUCCAAAAGAAUGUGGUGAUCGAUGGUGUCAAAAGCAGCACUAAGGUCUAGGAGCACGAGGACAGAUGCAGAGCCUUGGUCUAACGCCAUUAAAAGGUCAUUUAACACCUUCACGAGUGCGGUGUCAGUGCUAUGAUGGGGUCCAUAACCAGACUGAAGCAUUUCGUAUACAUUUUUUGUCUUCAGGAAGGCAGUGUGUUGCUGCAUAACAGCUUUUUCUAAAAUGUUUGAGAGGAUUGGGAGAUUUGAUAUAGGCAGAUAUUUUCUGGGUCAAGGUUUGGCUUUUUCAAGAGGGUAUUUCCUGUAUACCAGGGAGCUAGUUUCUGGUGACAAAUGUUGUAUUUUUUUACGCAAGGUUAAAUUUAGAUCCUCAGUUAGGUCGUUAACUGAUUUUUGUACUCCGACAUCCUUGAGUUGGUGGAGGGAGUCUGGAAGGGCCUCUAGGAAUCUUUGGGUUGUCCGAGAAUUUAUAGCACAGCUUUUGAUGGUCCUUGGUUGGGGUCUGAGCAGAUUAUUUGUUGCGAUUGCAAAUGUAAUAAAAUGGUGGUCUGAUAGUCCAGGGUUAUGAGGAAAAACAAUAUUUAUUCCAUGGGACAAAACUAGAUCCAGGGUAUGACUGUGGCAAUGAGUAGGUCCGGAGACAUGUUGGACAAAACCCAAUGAGUCGAUCAUGGCUUCGAAAGCCUUUUGGGUCUGUGGACUUUUCCCUGUGAAUAUUAAAGUCACCAAAAAUUAGAAUAUUAUCUGCCAUGACUAUAAGGUCUGAUAGGAAUUCAGGGAACUCAGUGAGGAACUCUGUUUACGGCCCAGGAGGCCUGUAAACAGUAGCUAUAAAAAGUGAUUGAGUAGGCUGCGUAUAUUUCAUGACUAGAAGUUUAAAAGACGAAAACGUAGUCAUUUUGGGGGGGUAAAUUGACAUUUGCUAUCGUAAAUGUUAGCAACACCUCCGUCUUUGGGGGAUAUGGUCACUAGUGUAACCAGGAGGAGAGGCCUCAUUUAACACAGUACAUUCAUCAGGCUUAAGCCAUGUUUGUCAGGCCAAUCACAUCAAGAUUAUGAUCAAUGAUUAGUUAAUUGACCAUAACUGCCUUGGAAGUGAGGGAUCUUAACAUUAAGUAGCCCUAUUUUGAGAUGUGAGAUAUCACAAUCUCUUUCAAUAAUGACAGGAAUGGAGGAGGUCUUUAUUCCAGUGAGAUUGCUAAAUUAAACACUGCCAUGUUUUUAGUUUUGCUCAACCUAGAUCGAGGCACAGACACGGUCUCAAUGGGGAUAGUUUCUGGCCUCCACCUGACCAAAGCUUUAGGAAAAAUUAAUUGUGUGCUGCUGGAAAAUCCUUGCAAACCAAACAGCCAAUAAUAUAGGCCUACACGAAAUAAAACAUGUAAUUCAAUAACAUUUGCAGUAAGCAUAACUUGUACAAGUUAAACUUCUAAACAGAUAUUUAUAUUUUUGUGGAAGUGUUUAUUCAUAUCCUUGAAUUGCGCAGGAACAAUAAAUAGAUGCUGCCUAUGAAAACAAUAACCCACAGUUGGAUGGGCUACAAAUGACAAAAUAAAUCAUGUAAACAAAAUAAGUACAAAAUUAACCACAUAAAUUACAGUGCUAAAAAGUUUAUGGCACACAACAGAAUAUUCUAGCCUAGGCUACAUUUAUUUACAAUAAGACGUGUCUGUGGAGACAGGCUUUGGAAAUUAAACAAAUAAAAGAACCAACAACACAUUUGUUGUUGCUUUGGCUCUGUACUCCAGCACUUUGGAUUUGAAAUGAUACAAUGACUAUGAGGUUAAAGUGCAGACUGUCAGGUUUAAUUUGAGGGUAUUUUCAUCCAUAUCGGGUGAAUAGUUUAGAAAUUACAGCACUUUUUGUACAUAGUCGCCCCAUUUUAGGGGACCAAAAGUAUUGGAACAAAUUCACUUAUGUGUAUUAAAGUGUUUUAAAGUUUCGUACUUGGUCAUAUAUUCCUAGAACGUAAUGAUUUACAUCAAGCUUGGGACUCUACAGACUUGUUGGAUGCAUUUGCUGUUUGUUUUGGUUGUGUUUCAGAUUAUUUUGUGCCCAGUAGAAAUUAAUGAUAAAUGUGUUUUUUCAUUUUGUAAAUAAGAAUAGAAUAUGUUUCUAAACACUUCUACAUUAAUGUGAAUGCUACAAUGAUUACGGAUAGUCCUGAAUGAAUCGUGAAUAAUGAUGAGUGAGAAAGUUAGACGCACAAAUGUCAUACCCCCCCCCCCAAAAAAAAGUACUAACUUCGCAUGUUAUUGUAAUGGUGAGAGGUUAGCAUGUCUUGGGGGUAUUAUAUUUGUCAUCUGUAACUUUCUCACUCAUCAUUAUUCACGAUUCAUUCAGGACUAUCUGUAAUCAUGGUAGUAUCCACAUUAAUGUAAAUGUGACUCCAAAAUGACACAAUACAUUAUUUACCAUUAACUUCUAUUGGUCACAAAAUGUAUGUUUUCUAAGAGAGCUGGAGCACAACAAUUUGACGGAGGUCAACAAAGGCUGGCUGUAUGGCCUGCACAUGCUGCAUGUUCUGCGGGUCAACCAGAACGCCAUCGGCAUCAUCCGACCAGACGCCUGGGAGUUCUGCCAAAAACUGGAGGAGCUGUAAGUGUUCUCUUUCUAACCCCAAUCCCACUUUUCUCACACGGUUCAAGACGGGAGUGUGUCUACACUAGUUUUGCAUAAGGGUUAGGGUUUAUUGUUACCCCUUUAUGAAGCUGCAAGACCAGUAUCUAGUUGGGAUUUGGGGAGGGUGUAUUGCAGAUCAUUUAUGUUGAUGUUAACACAUGGAUUUAAGCUGAUUCUUAAGGGGUCAAGAUGUUUUAGUACAGUGUGAUUGCACAAGACCAUUGUCCAAGCUUGUCUCCUGUGGAUGUCCUCCUUUAGGGAUCUGUCCGUCAACCACCUCACCCGGCUGGAGGAGAACGCAUUCAUUGGACUGGGCCUUCUGGAGAACCUGAACCUAGGAGAGAACGCCAUCAGCCAUCUGGGAGAGGGAGUCUUCAGCAGCCUGGCCAAUCUGCGCUCACUGUAAGGACCACACACCACUCUAUAAAAACCUGUGCCUUUAUAUAAUACACACUGCAUUCUGAUGAAGACUGCGAACUACAGUAGGUUUGUUUUUUAAUAUUUCUGAUUGGUCCCGUCUUCGUUUUGUUGAAUUAGUAGUACCCUAGUGUACUGGUAGUCUAUUAGACUGUUGUAUGGUAGACCACUAAACUAUAGUAUAGUAAGUAGCACCUUCAUGUUCUCGUCGUCAUGUCUUUGUCUUUACAUGUAGUAUAGAACCACUCAUUCGCAUAAUAUAGCUUAAAGACCUCUGAGGCAGGAAGAAUACUGUUGGAGGACAGAAUUAACAGUAAAUGUAGCCUCAGGCCAGAAGAUUGGCUCAAUUAACGAAAUACUACCUUUUCAUCCAAAAUCGCUCUGGGAAGUGGAGGAGGGGGCACUAACACAUUAAUUGACAUGCUGAGUGCCUAGAAGUCAUUGAGCUUCAAAAAGAGGGAGGUCAGGGCUCGGGGUCAGCACACCUCCCUGGGCUGUCCGUGGCAGGGGGAAUUAGAGGGUUCAGGCCCUUUGAGAGCCACCCAGGCAUGAGCAAGGAGAAACAAAAGCGCCCAUGGCCUGUCCUGUGAACACAAGCCGUCUGGGUUUCAGAAGGACCUGUGAACCGUUCAAUGCUAAACACAGCCAAUUAUUCCCCUCAUCAGAACUGCAGGAGCACUGAGCUAUGACACUCUGGAAGGUAUGCCACUUCACAUUUGCCAAAUUAAUCAAAUUGGUUUGGACACCCGGAGCAGAAAUUAACUUCUAUCUGUCUUGUACUGUGUUGUCACCAAGCAAUGCAGCUCAGAGUGAUCUUUGUGCUUCUUAUUCUGGGGAAAGUAUUUAUUUUCUUACAUAUUUCUGUUUGCAUUUCAGAGACCUACGGAAUAAUGAGAUCUCUUGGGCCAUUGAGGAUUCCAUGGGUGUGUUUUGUUGGAAUGAAGAAGCUGAACACAUUGUAAGGGCAUUCUGCAUAAUAUAUAUGAAUUUUGUUGCUAUGGAUACUGAUAUUGGCAGAAUAUUUGUAGGCAUAUUUAAUCUGUUUAUCCCCCAGGAUUCUACAGCGGAACAAGAUCAAAUCUAUCACAAAGGAAGCCUUUGAGAGUCUGGAGGAACUAGAGCACUUGUAAGUACCUCCAUAGCAAAGUCACUCUUGAGGGAUGGAUGGUUUCCAUUAAGACGAUUCAGCAGCUAUCACUUCAAGACCAAGACAGGAUAUGUUUCUGAUUACCCCAGUGCAGCUGUUGUAUUGUGCUAGUAUCAUAGGAUGGCACUUUGAUAAUGGCAUGGUGCUAGCGCAGCACUUCAUUCAUAUUUAUUUUCACCAACAGGGACCUGAGCAAGAAUGGGAUCAUGUCCAUCCACCCUGAUUCAUUAUCUCACAUGAAGCUAAAAGUGUUGUAAGAACUACUAAUUUCUGAGGUGGUGUCUUGGGAGUCCUUGUGGCAGAGUUUACAAUAUUUUUUUCCCUGUAUAGAAUACAUUCAAAAAUUGAAUAAUGAUGUGAUAAUAUUAUCACUGUGUGUCCUGUCAGUUUCCUGAAUACUAGCAGCCUGCUGUGUGACUGCCAACUGCAGUGGCUGGGCUCGUGGUUGACUGACAACCACUUCCUGCAGUCUGUCUCAGCUAUGUGUGCUCACCCUGCCAGCCUGCUGGGCCGUAACGUCCUGUCUGUCAGCCUGGAGGAGCUGGUCUGUGGUCAGUCACCUAGCUACCUACCCUGCUUUAUCUAGUCUGGACCAGAUCUCACUUACUGGGACAAUUAUCCCAAACGUAUUUAUUUAAUCUCAUGGCCCCCUCUCUCCACUCUUUCCCACAGACGACUUCCCAAAGCCCCGGAUCACUGAUCACCCUGAGACCGCCACCGUCCUGCGUGGAACCAAUGUGACUCUGAGCUGCCUGGCGUCCAGCAGCAGUGACUCCCCCAUGGCCACGGCCUGGAGGAAGGACGGGGAGGUGCUGUACGAUGCAGAGGUGCAGAACUACGCCCGCUACCAGGAGGGAAAGCUGUUCUACACCACCGUGCUGCAUCUCCUCAACGUCAACUUCACAGAUGAGGGACGCUACCAGUGUGUUGUCUCUAACCACUUUGGCUCUAACUACUCCAACAGGGCCAAGCUCACCGUCAAUGGUGAGGAGACUUUUGGUUUUCUCUCCUAACGAGUUUUUACAGACUAAUCUCUGACUCGUUCCUUGGCAUUUAGCUGUUGAUGUUUGAGCUUGCGUGGUUUAGAUAGACGUCUAUUGAAAGCUGUCUUCAACCUUUUCUUAACUCCUUUUUAUUUCCCCUCUCCCUCAGAGCUGCCAUCCUUUCUGAAGACUCCAUUGGACCUGACCAUCCGCACAGGCACCAUGGCCAGGCUGGAGUGUGCUGCUGAGGGUCACCCGUCACCCCAGAUCGCCUGGCAGAAAGACGGGGGCACGGACUUCCCUGCUGCCCGGGAGAGAAGGAUGCACGUCAUGCCAGACGAUGACAUCUUCUUCAUUGCCAAUGUAAAGACGGAGGACAUGGGGGUGUACAGCUGCACAGCCCAGAAUGCUGCAGGGAGCCUGUCUGCCAACGCUACACUCACUGUGCUAGGUGAGCUUCAUUCUUACCUGCCCGGCAUAGUUUACUAGACCUUAGUGUCUUUGUAUUAAUCACUGGGUCAUAAAAAACAAUACCAAAAAACUUGGAGAUAUCCACAUCUAUAUAAUCUGUUUAUAAUUUGAUAAAUGAUAAUUGAAUAUGAACUACUGUAUGUUAAAUGUAAAUCUCUCUCCUCCCAGAAACUCCGUCCUUUAUGCGUCCCCUGGAGGACAGGACAGUAGCACGUGGGGAGACGGCAGUGCUCCAGUGUAUCGCAGGCGGAAGCCCAGCGCCCCGCCUCAACUGGACCAAGGACGACGGGCCCCUGGUCCUCACUGAGCGCCACUUCUUCGCCGCCGCCAACCAGCUCCUCAUCAUCGUGGACGCGGGGCCGGCAGACACCGGGAAGUACAUGUGCAUCAUGUCCAACAUGCUGGGCACGGAGCGCGGCCACAUCUACCUCAGCGUGUUGCCCUCGCCCAACUGUGACACGGCGGGCGGCUACGACCAGGACGGCUGGACCACGGUGGGCAUCGUGGUGAUCGUGGUGGUCUGCUGCGUGGUGGGCACCUCGCUGGUCUGGGUCAUCGUCAUCUACCACAUGCGACGGAAGAGCGAGGACUACAGCAUCACCAACACAGAUGAGAUGAACCUGCCGGUAGACAUCCCCAGCUACCUGUCCUCUCAGGGCACACUGUCUGAGCCUCAGGAGGGAUACAGCAACUCUGAAGCAGGGAGCCACCAGCAGCUCAUGCCACCACUGUCCAACGGCUACGUCUACAAGGGAACUGACGGUAACCUUAACUAUACUUACUUCCCAGAUUCACCAUCAGUGUCCUUCAUCUGAGGCCCUUUGACAUUACAAUGUAAGUAUCUGUUUUUGUACUCAGUCACAGACUGUUAUUCUGAUAUUACCUUUUUUAAAUUAGGGGGUAGAUCAGCUUUAAUAUUGCAGAUAUAUUGUGGGUUCUAUCAAUUUAAUUGUUUGCAUCAUUUCUAAUCCCCCUUUAUUUUUGUGAUUUAUAUAUUUAAUAUUUUUGCCCAACCCUUCCUUCCCUACACUGAUUGGAGUAAACUCAUUUCCUCUUUCUGCAAGAGCUGGAUUUUCACCCACAGCGGCCAAUCCACCAUUCAUUGUGAUCUUAUCUCCAACCCUCCGAUGUCCACAGAUUAACCCAUCUUUCCCAGUAUAAUGCCAUUUUGCUAUUUCCUUUUGCAAUACAUCCCUCCAUUUGACUGUGAUGUCUUAUGAGGGUCCUGAACUUCCUUAUUUGUAACAUUUCUACCAAUAUUGCCCUAAAAAUAAAUACUUUACCCAAGAGUAUAAAGAUAUUUCCAAUUGACUGAUCAUGGUUUUUCAGGAAUCCCCUAACAAUACAGUUUGCAGGUCCAUCUGAACCCUGAUAUUAUGAUGUAACAACCAUUCCUGGACCUGACUCCAAAAGCGAGCCACGGAUGGACAGUACCAGAAAAGAUGAUCUAUUGCUUCUGUUUCCUCGUGGCAGAGUCUGCACAAGGCUGACUGUUCAAUGCCCCAUAUAUUGAGUAUUUUAUAUAAUAGCUUAAAUUGAAAUGAAUGGAUUGACGUGUCAAUUGUUGUUUUUAUUUAACAGUUCAUAGAUCUGUUCCCAACUAACUUGAACUUGUUCUGAAUUUUAAAUGACUGGGCAACUAUUGCCCCUGACUGGUGAAAAGAAGGUUGAGUGAGUCACCAUCCUGUUUGUGGGUUGUCCAGGUGUGUGCUACGGUGACACAGGCAGCGAGGUGGACACCGAGGCCAACGGGAUGCUGCACUGCCGUGUGGGCUCUCUGUUCACGGGACAAAGCAGCUUCCAUCCUGGGCAGCCCCGCGAGGGACUGGCUGGGGUGUCGACAGGUCGGUUUAGUUAUGAGAACCAACCAACAAACAACUUAUUCAUCUCCAAAAUCACACAUUGUAUGUAUCCUCUUAAAUGCACAGAUGAACAAUGGCUUUUUCAUCACAGUUUGUUGGAAGGUGUAUGUCUCCAUCAGAUAGUGAGGAUUUGUUACAGAGCAAGAGUUUGAUGAAAUAGAUUGUCCUCAACAGGUGGUGCAGGGCCGCUGGUCAUCUGCUCGGACUGCUAUGACAACGCUAACAUCUACUCUCGGACCCGGGAGUACUGCCCCUACGCCUACCUGGCCGAGGACGACCCCCUGGACAAGGGUCUCUCUGGCAUCAUGGCCCACCUCCCAAAGGAGCCCUACAGGGAGCAGCACGCCCAGCAUGAGGACACAGCCCUGGAGAGCCUCAUCAACAACCAGGACUCCUCAGUCUUCCUCACCAGCCACAACCUCACUAAGAGGCUGAGCAAAGCCCUCAGCCCCCCAGAACAACACUACAGCACCGGUGAGAGAUCAGCUACAGACAGGCUAUCUGACAGACCUUAGUGGCAUGCAUUCUAAACCGUGAGCUCACAGACGCUCAUUUUGCAAGUCAAUUUUCAGACAUCGCCACAUUCAAGUCUGAGGUCCUCUUUAUGGAUGGAAACCCAUUCUGUUGAGUAAUGUCUGUUUGGUCUCUCUGCAGAUGUUCCCUCCAGGUCGUUUUGGGGCAAAGGGGAGGACUUGUCUACAGUGCCCCAACCAGGUCUGUCACAGCAGCCAGUGACUGUGCACACGACUCCCUAUGCAUCUUCAGUUGCUGAGGGACGGGAGGAGAGGAGUGUGGAGAUGGAUCCCACCCUUCCCCAGAGCACACAGGACUACAGAAGUGCCUCUUCUAGGACUAAGUCUCAGGAGCACAUCAAGGCCCCCACAUAA